UUCCCAUAAUUAAACGUCACGCUCACUCAACCAUUCAAGGACUCUCAAUCCUCCAAAAGACCUUGCCCUGUUCACCAAUUGUUUUCCACGACCCGAAUCAUCCGAACCUCUUCUAAUGUCUGCUUCUCCCUUGCAAGCCGACGUAAAUGCUUAAGCAGAAUCUCGCUGCCAGAAAUCACUACGAUGCCCGCUGGAAUCAUACAAUCCGCCUUCCCACAACUACACCGCCGCUCCUCCUCCUCAACCGACAUCUCCAAGUCCCCGAAGUCAGGCUCGCACACAGCCGGCACAACUACGCCCACUAAACCCGCCGCGAAAUCGCCAAAGCCACAGCGACCACAACCCGUGCGCGCAGCCUCCCACCCAGGACCCGCACCCGUCUCUAGACCCGCACCAAAAAAGCAGCCCGCACGCGCAUUCGGCACAAACUACCGCGUCCGCCGCACGCCCCCCGGGACACCGCCAAACGAGCGCGUCCCAUCGACGACCACCCCCUCGCCAUUCGGCUCACCCGCGCACCCCUCCGUGCGCGACUUCGCCAAGAUAGCCGCCUCAGCAUCGCCGGCGCACUCGCCGCCCACGCGGCGGAAGCCCGUGUACUCGCUGCACGAAGCGGAUCCCGCCGCAAAAGGGAGGCCCGAGGUAGUGUAUACGCACGAAGAGCUGCUGAAGCGACUGAACACGAUUGGGGAGGACGAGGAGACGGAUGUGGAUCGGGUGAAGACGGUGGAGCGGGCGGCGGGGAUGGAUUGGGAGGAGCAGCGGAGAAGGAAGGAGGAGAGGGAUAUGGAGGAGUGGAAUCGGAAGGAGGCGAAGAAGGCGCAGAAGGGGUUGGUGAGGGGUUUUAGUUGGAAGGGGGUUAAGAAGACGAUGGGGGGGUUUCGGUGACACGCUGGGGUGGUUGAGUCAGGUCUAUGUGGGUGGAGCUUGUUGGAUGGAAGUUUUGAAAUCGAUCCCUUCUGCACCUCUUCAUUCUCGAAGACUCGAUUCCUCGUUCUUGGAGUGUAAGCAUUUUCCAGUGGCCAUACUCGUUGUUUGGAGUAUAGGACCGAGUUCGGGAGUAUGUGUCCCCGAUCAGCAUUACGUCCAGCAGACAACGCCAGAAGUGACAGCGGGCUUCGAUCU